CGACCCGGCCACUCCUCAGGUGAAAGAUGGUAGAGAAUGGAAUCAGUUCUUCGGAGCGCCUAAAGAAGGAAAAGGAGAAGGUAAUGAUAAAAGAGGGCACAGAACUUUGGAAGAGGAAGAAGAUACAAGACGCAGUGGAGAAGAGGGAGGACCAACGCAGGUUGCAGGCGAUGUUGUCGUCCUACCACCCGUGGGGCAGACCCGGACAUGGAGCCCCAAACAACGACGUCCGCAGAAAGCCGCUCAACCUGGUCAGCGUCGAGAAAAAGAGAGGCCUAGAAACAUCUCUGCCCAGAUGGGGAGGAGGGGCGAAGCCCGCACCGAGCCGCCGCAGUGACCCCAUCUUGAGGUAUCAACUCCACGAGCCCGUCAGGAAGUCUAUCGAGAACCACGUGCGCUACCGACGUCCUUACCAGGAACAGCUUCAGUACAAACAGCAACUCGACAGGCUAGUCGCUGAGAAGCGACGACUCCUGAACGAGGAACGCCGUGAAGACUCGGACUUUUGGAACAUGACGCUAACUGCCCAGACGCCCUGGGGCAAGCCAGGGCCCGGGGGGUGCCAGUGGAGGGAGCCCCGCGCCAUUGGCCUUAACUUCCUUCAUUCUCUGGGCUGGACUGGGGAGCCAACUCUGCAGAGGCUGGAGUAUCAGCAUCUACUCCAUGAUGAGCAGCGCGCGCAGACUCCCAGGUAUCCCAUGCUGACCCAGGGUCAUAUUACUGCUGACCAUCGCUCUGAGAUACGCCCGCCUGAGGAAUCAUUGACGGGAGGAGUAGAGCUCGUUCCACUCCUAGCUCGUCGCAGGCUCGGCUAUCGUCGCAAGGACCUUUCUAGCACAGACGUCACUAGGAUGACGAAUGGGAAAUCUGUUCUUAAACCGGUGUGGAAACAACCAGUCAAUGAACGAGAAUACCUCCGAGAAUUAACGACCCAAAUCAUUAACAAGGAAAUGCAAAUUAAGGAAGCUCGUUCAGAGGAUAUAGUAAAAAGCAAACGCCAUUUCGAAACUUGGGGUGGUUUUUGGGGGCGCCCAGGUCAUGGUGCCCCUAAAGGGAACAACUACAAAGAGAACUUGGACUCCCUGUUGUACCGGAUUCCUGUCGCUACAGUGUAAAUGUUUGCGAACUUCUAAACAAAUAAAUAUUAAACGCAUUCAAA